CUUCCGAUCUUUCAAUCUGCGUAGGGCACUCAGCUAUCCCAUCGCUGCAAUGGUAACCGCUGCUGGUUUUUACCCAACGGGCAAGCAGCUUAUAUCACAGCAUGCCUUCCAUGUCGUCAUCUGGUUUGGAGUCGGCCUUUGCGCCGCCGUCUGCAUCCUCCGGUUCUGGAUCAGAUUCUUCUGUUUCCGCCGUCUCUACGUCGAGGACUUUCUGAUGUUGGGGGCCAUGGCAGUGCUGAUAGCCAGUGCGUCUGUUCUGCAGACCUACCUGGGCGACAUCUACGAUAUCCUCCGCGUACAGAAUGGGGAGGUAGCUCCUACACCUGACUUCCUGAACAGCAUACCAAGAGGCCUGAGAGCCAAUUUUCUCAGCUUAUUCUUGGAUAUUGUUGGGUUGUGGGCCAUCAAGUUCAAUUUCAUGCUGCUGUUCUACCGUUUGGGCAACCAGAUCCAGUCAUACUUGAUAAUUUGGCGGACUGCGCUUGUGCUAGUGAUUAGCUGUGGCGUGGCGAGUAUUGGCCUGAUACCGUACAACUGCUUGUUGGGCAGUGUGCAACAGCUCACAGUGAAAUGUGCAACAGCGGCCAGCGUCCAAAACAUCUACACACACUAUAUUGCAAGUGUUGUUAUUGACAUAUUCUCCGACCUUGUCCUCAUCGCCUUCCCCAUCAUGAUUAUCUGGAACACGGGAUUGGACUGGCGUCAGAAGCUCAUGCUUUCAAGCAUAUUUCUGCUCGUCGGUUUUACCAUCGCUGUGACCGUCGUUCGUGGCACCAUCUUCGGUGGAGACUUCAAAUCUGUUACGAAAGUCGACCGGGAGGUCAUGGAUUCGUCUUGGAUGCUUUUCUGGUGGUACAUUGAGUACGUUGUUUCCUUUGUGAUCGCUUGUCUUGUCUCCUUUCGUUCUCUGUGGUCGAGUCAAGAAGAAAGGUCGCGAAAGCGAAGGGUUGAGGCUGAGAGGCAAAGGAUGAUCAUGGAGAUACGAGAAAGGGCUGGUCAAAGCAACAGCAAUGAGAACAGCCAGCGCACCAAGUGGCAAAAGAUGAGCGACGGUUUGUUGUUUACGUUCGCUCACAUGGAAGGUUCAACAAUCUAUCGAGAUGACAAGGGGAGGCUGCAGCUUGAGUCGCAUCUGGCGACUAUGGACCUCGACUUCUCUGAAUGGCAAGGCGACAGUGACAGUCGAAACACAGUUGAUAAGCCUGAAUCUAUUGGGGAUCGUCUACCUGACACUACCUAG